CUGGAUUUAUAGCCGCAGAACGUGUGCUCGGGGAUAUUUUGUUCAAACAAACCUUCCUUUGUCGGACAGAAAUCUGUAUCUUCCAGUAGUGACUCGGCUUCUUCUGCCAGACGUCACGUGACGGUGAGGAGAGCAGGGGGAGGGGGAGGGGCCAGGAACCAGGAAACGCACCGCCGUCGCAAGUCAAGCCGGAAAAAAAGCUGUCCGUCAUGGCCUACCAGGCUGGGAGGACCGAUGAGCCCAGUGCUCUGGUUCAGAACAUAAGCUCCAACAUCCAGAAGCUUACCCUGCUCACCUCGGAGCUGCAGAGGGCCGUUUCUCUGCUGGGGACGGAGCACGACAGCAGCCAGCUGCCGCAGACGCUGCAACAGAAACAGCAGCAGGGCAACCAGCUGGCGAAGGAGACUGACCGACUGAUCAAAGCAUUCAGUGGGCUUCCUGUUGGCCCUGACCAGCGGCAGAGGAAGCUCCAGAAGGAGCGCCUGGUCAACGACUUCUCCGCCGCCCUGAACAGCUUCCAGAAGACCCAGCGGCAGGCGGCCGACAAGGAGAGGGAGUUCGUGGCCCGGGUCCGAGCCAGCUCCAGGGUGUCGGGAGGACACCCCGAUGACGGCUUUGGUAACGCGCCUGUUUUUUUUAGCGAAGCCCAGGUGCAGGCUCAGGCCGAGGCCAUCACUGAAGAAGAUCUGAGGCUGAUCCAGGAGAGGGAGUUGUCCAUCAGGCAGCUGGAGUCGGACAUCACAGAUGUCAACGACAUCUUCAAGGACCUGGGGAUGAUGAUCCACGAGCAGGGGGACAUGAUAGACAGUAUAGAAGCCAACGUGGAGAGCGCCGACGUGCACGUGCAGAACGCGACCCAGCAGCUGUCCCGCGCCGCAGACUACCAGCGGAGCUCCCGGAAGAAGAUGUGCAUCCUGGUGAUAGUGUUGCUUGUACUUGCUCUUAUUAUUGGACUCAUCAUCUGGGCUUCUGUCAAACAAUGAAGGCUCCUUCUUCUUCUUCUUCUUCUUCUUCUUCUUCCUCACCUGGUUAUCCAUCAAGCUGGACCAAGCAUGAAGCGUCUCUUCCUUUUCCUCCUUCUCACGAGGGGAGCCAUUUGUCUGUUCUAUUUAAAUUAUAACAGUGUUUCCGACUUGAUCAUAAUCUUAAGACGUAGCUGUCUCUAUCGAUGGGAUCGCACACUUUCACUGUGAAAUCAGAAAACCCGGUUUGAGGGCUUUAUUGUAAUGAACAGCUUUAAUUGGGUUAUUUUUUUGUCUGAUGCCGGCACCAUUUGCUAAACGGGGAAAGCUUAAAUGUUUUAGUUCUCCCCUGAUUCUCAGAGGUUCUGUGUGUAAGUGGGAAUAAACCUCCAACAUUUCUUUUCAUGACCCCCCCCCCCCCAUUCGGCUUAUUGCAACGCUCUCAGUGCCAAUUCCCUCUUUUCUAAUCUGUGUCACUACCUUUAUUUUUUUACCUUAUUAAAAAUGAAACUUUCAUUUCUCUAAAUUCACGUCCUGCACUUGUAUUAUAAUGAUACAUGUGAUCAAUGUGCCAUAUAUUCCCAUAAUACAUCUUCUGGAUAGGACCAUGUAAUACACUCCAACCCCAGCGCUCAUUCCAAAUCACAAGAUUUUGUCCACACUUUUAUUUUUUCCCCCCCCUUGCUCUAAGAGAGAUUGAGCGGAUGUCCCAACAUCACAAAUGAUCCCACACAGAGAAUGGAAGUGCCACACCUGGAUGUGGGGCUCGUUAAAGGUCCGGCGCAGAGGUCCAAUCAGCCCGCGUCGAGUGGGAACUUUAAAAGUGCUUUCUGUGACUGACGAGCCACCAGUGACCGUCUUCCUCUCUUCAUUCUUUGUGUGAAGGAACCAUCAAUGUAACUGAAAGUAAAGACCGAACAUGAAUUAUCAUUUGCUACGACCGACAGACCUUUGUGUGGAACUGUGAUCAUGUGUAUAUUUUCGAUACUGAGAAUGCGCUGCCUACAGUUUGCUGAAUAAAGUGUGAGAGAAGAU